AUGCGCGGGGUCUGGGCCAUUGCCCUGGUACUGGCGGCCUGUGUACACUGUACCGAUGGCAGCUCUGUCGAGGACGACAAUGGCACGAACUCGACAAACGACACUAUCACUGUUACCGGUACGACUCUAACUUCCACGACUUUGUCGACCUACACAACUUCAAGCACCUCAGCGACCUCCACGCUCUCUACGAGCGCCACUUGGACCAGCUCCAGUACGACCAGGUCCAGUACGACCAGUUGGACGGCCAGUAGCACGUCGACUCUCUCCGUGUCGACCACCACGCACUCCAUCACUGCCACGACUAGAACAACUUCUACAGGUGUGACGAACACCAGCACCAGCUCCACGCGGACAACCAGCUUCACGAGCACCCUCAGCACGAUCAGCACCACGUCUUCGACGCAAACACAAACGACGAGCACCGCAACCUCUUUGACUUUCACAACCAAGACUGACACCUUCACCGCCAGCACGACGACAUUCAGCAACACUUCCACAACCACGACCGCCACGAAUACAACGACCAGCAUCACGGAGACGAUGACGUCGACUUUUACCGGCACCUGGUUUGAGAUUCACGCGGUUGUGCUCCUGAAUCUGGUAACCGGAAAUGCGUAUAGCCUGGCUGAAGAGCCCGGUGCCAAUGCGGCGGCAGCGAGCUCAGAGUUGUAG